GUACAAUCCAUCAAAAAUCAGAAUUAAAUCAUUACCAUCAGGUUGUAUAGUUGUGGAUUUAGUUGAUGGGGMUCGUCGUUAAUAACACAGUACCUCAAUUUCUACAUUUGAAUUGAUGAAAAUUUGAAUAUUGUAUUGUGUAGCCGAAAUAGUGCACGGGUCUCCUAUCGGUCUUCUAUGUACUGCCACGGAGCGAGUUAGUCUAACAUGGGAGCGUACAAAUAUAUACAGGAGUUAUGGCGCAAGAAGCAGUCCGACGUGAUGCGCUUCCUCCUGCGCGUCCGUUGCUGGCAGUACCGUCAGCUCUCUGGUCUCCACCGUGCGCCUAGACCCACCAGACCCGAUAAGGCCCGCAGACUAGGGUACAAGUGCAAACAAGGCUAUGUCAUCUACCGUGUCCGCGUUCGCCGUGGAGGCCGCAAGCGCCCCGUGCCCAAGGGUGCCACCUACGGCAAGCCCGUCCACCAUGGUGUCAACCAGAUCAAGUUCGCCCGCAGCCUCCAGUCCACUGCUGAGGAGCGUGCUGGCCGUCACUGUGGAGGCCUGAGGGUGCUGGCCUCCUACUGGGUAGGAGAGGACUCCACCUACAAGUUCUUCGAGGUGAUCCUGAUCGACACCUUCCACAAGACUAUCAGACGCAACCCCGACACCCAAUGGAUCACCAGGCCCGUGCACAAGCACAGGGAGAUGCGUGGCCUGACGUCCGCGGGCAAGAAGAGCCGCGGCCUGGGCAAGGGCCACAAGUUCCACAUGACCAUGGGUGGUUCCCGCCGGGCAGCCUGGAAGAGACGCAAUACCCUGCAGCUGCACCGCUACCGCUAGAGGGUGUCUGUACAUUUAAAGAAAUAAACAUAUGCCUUUUUAUGGUGACAAAUU